AUGGAUACAAAAAUUUCUGUCUUGGAAGUUGCUGCUCCUACUUCCAAUGGCAACCUUGGUUGCCCUGCCAAAACCAACAAUGCUUGUUGCAUACAAUCUUCAAAUGCACCACUGAACUCCGGUGAAGCCACACUCGGCCGCCACCUUGCUCGUCGCCUCGUUGAAGUUGGCGUGUCCGACGUCUUUUCUGUCCCCGGUGACUUUAACUUGACUUUAUUAGAUCAUCUGAUCGCGGAGCCAGGGCUUAACCUGGUUGGGUGUUGCAAUGAGCUGAAUGCUGGAUAUGCGGCCGAUGGCUAUGCUAGAGUCCGUGGAGUUGGAGCGUGUGUUGUUACGUUUACUGUUGGUGGUUUGAGUGUGCUUAAUGCGAUUGCUGGUGCUUAUAGUGAGAAUCUUCCGCUUAUUUGUAUUGUCGGUGGACCGAAUUCAAAUGAUUAUGGAACGAACAGAGUUCUUCAUCAUACUAUAGGAUUGCCCGAUUUUAGCCAGGAGCUUCGCUGUUUUCAGACUGUUACUUGCUUUCAGGCUGUGGUGAAUAACUUGGAAGAUGCACAUGAACUGAUCGAUACCGCGAUUUCAACUGCCUUGAAAGAGAGCAAGCCUGUUUAUAUCAGCAUUGGUUGUAACUUGGCUGCAAUUCCUCAUGCUACUUUUAGCCGAGACCCCGUUCCAUUUUCUUUAGCCCCAAAGGCGAGUAAUCAGAUGGGUUUGGAAGCAGCGGUUGAGGCUGCAGCCGAGUUUUUGAACAAGGCGGUAAAGCCUGUUAUGGUAGGUGGGCCUAAACUGCGUGUUGCAAAUGCAUCGCAGGCUUUUGUUGAGUUAGCAGACGCUUCUGGAUACGCUCUUGCUGUAAUGCCAUCAGGAAAAGGUCUAGUUCCAGAGCACCAUCCCCACUUCAUUGGGACGUAUUGGGGCGCUGUAAGCACCGCCUUUUGUGCAGAAAUCGUUGAAUCAGCUGAUGCAUAUGUAUUCGCUGGUCCUAUAUUCAACGAUUACAGCUCUGUUGGUUACUCUCUCCUUCUCAAGAAAGAGAAGGCCCUUAUCGUGCAACCUGAUCGUGUUGUGAUUGGAAAUGGGCCUACUUUUGGUUGCAUUCUGAUGAAGGAUUUCUUGCAAGCUCUUGCAAAAAGGGUUAAGAAGAAUACCACUGCUUAUGAGAAUUACCAUAGGAUUUUCGUCCCUGAAGGACACCCUCUAAAAUCUGUUCCUAAGGAGCCAUUGAGGGUUAAUGUUCUGUUUGAGCAUAUUCAGAAGAUGUUGUCAAAUGAAACAGCUGUGAUCGCUGAAACUGGUGAUUCUUGGUUCAAUUGCCAGAAACUAAAAUUGCCACAAGGAUGCGGAUAUGAAUUCCAGAUGCAAUACGGGUCCAUUGGAUGGUCUGUUGGUGCUACUCUUGGGUAUGCACAGGCUGCAACUGAUAAGAGGGUGAUUGCUUGCAUUGGUGAUGGAAGCUUCCAGGUUACAGCUCAAGAUGUGUCCACAAUGCUGCGAUGUGGACAGAACUCCAUCAUCUUUCUGAUAAACAAUGGUGGAUAUACUAUUGAAGUUGAGAUUCAUGAUGGUCCUUAUAAUGUGAUCAAAAAUUGGAACUACACUGGUUUAGUUGAUGCAAUUCACAAUGGUGAGGGCAAGUGCUGGACUACAAAGGUGUUUUGUGAAGAAGAUCUUAUUGAAGCCAUUGAGACAGCAACAGAAGAUAAAAAGGAUUGCUUGUGCUUCAUUGAAGUGAUUGCUCACAAGGACGAUACAAGCAAAGAGCUGCUCGAGUGGGGUUCAAGAGUCUCUGCAGCUAACAGCCGUCCUCCAAACCCUCAGUAAAAGCUUUUUGUCCUAAUAUGUGGCAGGCAUUCUAAUCGUCUAGCAAUAAACUUGAAGUCGUUACUUCAAGUAUCUAUUUUUCAAAUUUACUGCUAUAGUCUUCCCUUUUGGGACUAUUAUUAUUUGUGAAUAUA